AUGAUGCAAUACAUAACUACUGUCACAUACUCCUUUCUAAUUAAUGAUGAGGUGGCAGGGAAAGUCAUACCUUCUCGUGGGAUUCGACAAGGUAAUCCUAUUUCACCAUAUGUUUUCAUUCUCUGCGGCGAGGUCCUUUCUGGUCUUUGCAAAGAAGAUCAGCGUGAUGGUUCGAUGACUGGUAUCAGAGUGGCCACAAAAUGCCUCCGCAUAAACCACCUCUUAUUUGCUGAUGAUACGAUGUUCUUCAUCCACACUAACCACCAGAGCUGUAUCGCCCUGAAAGAUAUCCUGUCAGAAUAUGAGAAAGCAUCAGGGCAAAUGAUUAAUGCAAACAAGUCAUCAAUAUCUUUCUCAGCAAAAACUUCUCAAGAAGAGAGAACCCGAGUAAAGCAAACACUGGGAAUUGAUAAAGAAGGGGGAGUAGGAAAGUAUUUAGGUCUACCUGAGCUAUUUGGAAGGAAGAAAAAAGAUCUCUUUGCAUCUAUAGUAGACUGUAUCAAGCUGAGAGCCGUCUGUUACUCCUCUAGACAAUUAUCUCCUGCAAGGAAACUUAAACUCCUGAAAUCUAUCCUCACUGCAAUCCCAACGUUCUCCAUGUCCUGUAAGCAGAGAGCCGUCUGUUACUCCUCUAGACAAUUAUCUCCUACAGGGAAACUUACACUCCUGAAAUCUAUCCUCACUGCAAUCCCAACGUUCUCCAUGUUUUCCUCCUCCCUUGACUCAAGAAAAAAAAUAUGUUGGAUAUCAUGGGAGAACCUUACCAAACCAAAGAGCUUAGGCGGUUUGAGCUUUAGAGACAUCCAAGACUUCAACAAAGCCCUCUUAGGCAAACUGGCCUGGAAACUCCUUACAAAACCAGACUGCUUACUAUCCAGAAUUCUCUUGGGAAAGUACUGUCACGCAGAUUCCUUCCUCAGAGUUCCAUGUAGCUCCUCUGCUUCACACGGCUGGAGAGGAAUCACUGCAGGAAGGGAUGUUAUCAUCCAACACCUUGGAAAAAUGAUUGGCAACGGUAACUCCACAAAGCUAUGGCAUGAACCCUGGCUCUCGGUGUCGACUCCCACAUCAAUCUCUGGACCUGUAACAAUUGAUGAAAAGGACCUCAAGGUAUCAGACAUUAUGACCAGAGAAACCGGAAUGUGGAACAAAGAAGCACUACUUAAACACCUACCCCAUCUGGUAGAGGACAUUCUGCUCAUCCAACCGAGCUCUACGGGAGCAGAAGAUGGCUAUGCGUGGCUUCUUAAUCCAUCAGGGGAGUAUUCAUCGAAGUCCGGAUACUUAGCGCUGCACCUAAAGGACUCCUCGGCCACUCGAAACAACAACCUUCCUGAUGACUUUAACUGGUACAAGUCAGUUUGGAGUCCUCAAUUGCUUCCCAAAAUCCAAAUCUUUUUAUGGAAGUUCGUCCAAAACGCCAUCCCCACUGGAGAGAAUCUACAGAAGCGGGGUGUCUGGAACCUCGCUCCCUGGUCCUCAACUUUGAAUGCUGCAGCAACUACCUCCUUUGGUUCGGAACUCCAGUUCUCUCGGCUGCGUGUUAAUCUCCCACCAGUGGGAAGUCCCACCAACCUCUUCCCAUGGAUCGCGUGGACGAUCUGGACUGCUAGGAACCUCUUGAUCUUCGAGAACAGAACUAUAAAUCCAGCAACAUGCAUUACCAGAGCAAUAAGCGCAGCGAAAGAGUGGGCGAUCGCACAAACUCUAUCUCCACCACCGGUAUCAAGGCCCCUUGGACAGCUCCCCCUCGCAUCGAACGAACCUAACUCUACGAUCUUCUGUUACACCGAUGCAUCCUGGAUCGCGAGUACCAAACAUGCAGGACUGGCUUGGAUCUUCACAGAUCGGGCAAAGAAGGAACUCAAUCGAGGAUCCCACUUCAGAAACCUCAUCUCAUCAUCCCUCCUUGCUGAGAGCCUAGCGAUUAGAGCUCCACUGCUCCACGCUUCUUCCCUCGGCUACACAAACAUCUGGAUUCACUCAGAUUCUCAAGAGCUCGUGCGAGCAAUCAAUGGGAAUCGGCGCCCGGUGGAGCUCUAUGGACCGCUGUCGGAUAUCGUCUCUCUAUCUCUGUCUUUCAACUUUUGUCGCUUCUCUUUUAUUUCCCGUUCAGACAUGGGCCAGAUGAUAAACUAG